ACGUGCGAGCGAGCAACUAUUUUGACAUUUCUUUGAUAACAAUUUCGUUAUUUGCACAUUUGUAUAUAAUUUAAACUUUAAUUUUUGUGAAAAUAGUAUUUAAAUAAAAUACUUUAAAAUGAAAAUAUACCCAGAAUUAACGAAUAGUCGACCCGACUUCAAAAAGUUUCCAGAUAAACUAAACGAGCAUUUGGAAAAUUUUGGAGCACCACAUUUGAAUUCCUUCAAUGAAAUGUUAACCGAUGGUUUGGCGAAUUGCGCAAAGUAUAUGACUCCAGUUAGCUUCAAAACACCAGCAGGCGAACAAAUAGAGCUACGCAUAGAAAGCAUACAAAUCGCACGCCCACAAGUGCCUAUGACCGUAAUAAAUGUGAAGGAUCGUUUGACCUACCCUACUGAGUCAAGACAAUUACAUACUUCAUACAUGGGAAUGUGCACAGUGCGUGUGGGCUGGACUGUCAGCGGUUUGGAGAAAGCGCCGAUAGAUGUCGAUCUCGGUGAAGUACCCAUUAUGCUUAAGUCCAAUGCAUGUAAUCUCGGUUCACUCAAACCGAAGGAAAUGGUUAAACACGGUGAACACGAUACUGAAUGGGGAGGAAUAUUUGUCAUAAAAGGCAAUGAGCGCAUCAUACGUAUGCUGUUGAUGAGUAGACGCAAUUACCCAAUCGCAGUGAAACGAUCCACCUGGAAAGAUCGUGGUGCAAAUUUCAGUGAAAUUGGCAUAAUGGUGCGCACAGUGCGCGAAGAUGAGACAUCAUUUAACAAUGUUUUACACUUUCUCAACAAUGGCACCGCAAAACUGAUGUUCUCGCAAAUGAAAAUGAUGUCUUAUAUACCAAUUUGUCUGAUAUUGCGCUGUUUGGUGGACUUUACUGAUGAACAGAUUUACCGCCACCUGGUACGUGGUUAUGAGAAAGAUCAGUAUUAUGUGUCAUGUGUGCAGACUAUGCUUAGAGAUGUGCACGGCGAGGGCUUGCACACGCAUAAAGAUUGUAAAUCAUAUUUGGGAAAGAUUUUCCGUACCAAAUUCCCAGAAGUGCCAGAAUGGAAAGCCGAUACAGAUGUCACUGACUUCAUACUAAAUGAAAGAAUACUCAUACACUUGGAAACCCAUCGUGAAAAGUUCGAUAUGUUAGUAUUUAUGGUGCAAAAAUUGUUUCAAUGUGCGCAGGGAAACUACAAAAUUGAAAAUGUUGAUUCGGUAAUGAUGCAGGAAGUGCUGCUUUCUGGUCAUUUGUAUCAGAAAUUUUUAGGUGAUCGUAUCGAGCUGUGGCUGCAAUAUGCCAAGAAAUACUUACUCAAACGCUUAGAAGCACCAGACGCACUUAUAACACCAACAGUGCUUACAAAUUCUUUACGUAGUGCAGGCGGCGUUUCGCACGCUAUGGAAUCCUUCCUCGCCACAGGCAAUGCGCCUUCACGUUCUGGCUUGGGUCUGAUGCAGAAUUCUGGUUUAGUCGUGAUGGCCGAAAAUAUCAAUCGCAUACGCUACAUGUCACAUUUUCGUGCAGUACAUCGUGGUUCGUACUUCACUACAAUGCGUACAACCGAAGCACGUCAAUUGCUGCCGGAUGCUUGGGGUUACAUUUGUCCCGUACACACGCCUGAUGGUGCGCCAUGUGGUUUGCUCAAUCACUUGACUGUGUCGUGUCGCAUAUCGCAAAUACCUAAAAAGGAAUUAGUAAAGGCUAUACCAAAAUAUCUAAUAGAAAUGGGCAUGAUUCCUUUGGAUUCAGAAGUAUACGAUACAAAUGCCAAGUUGUUUGUCGUCUUCCUGGAAGGCAAACUAUUAGGGCACAUACGUCAAGCAGAUGCAGAGAAAAUAGUGAAUAGACUACGUUUGUUAAAAAUUGAAGGACACUUGCCGGAAAUGAUGGAAAUUGCGUUCAUACCAUAUAAAGCUAAAGGCCAAUUUCCCGGACUAUUUCUUUUUGUUGGACCAGCACGCCUAAUGCGGCCAGUGAAGAAUUUAGCGCUUGGAAAGAUUGAGUACAUAGGCUCAUUGGAGCAAGUAUACAUGGAUAUUGCUAUUGAUUUGAAAGAAUUUUACCCCGGUUUCACGACACACAUGGAAUUGUCGAAGACAGAAUUUCUUAGUAACCUAGCCAACCUGAUACCCAUGCCGGACUACAAUCAAUCGCCAAGAAACAUGUAUCAGUGUCAGAUGGGUAAACAAACUAUGGGCACACCAUGCCUUAACUGGCCCAAGCAGGCGGCUAACAAAUUGUAUCGUCUGCAAACGCCAACAACACCGCUCUUCCGUCCCGUACAUCACGACAAUGUACAGCUCGAUGACUUCGCUAUGGGCACCAACGCCAUCGUGGCCGUUAUUUCUUACACCGGCUAUGAUAUGGAGGAUGCCAUGAUAAUAAACAAGUCGGCGCAUGAGCGUGGCUUCGCUUACGGCAGCAUAUAUAAGUCGAAAUUCAUCGAAUUGGAUGGCACGAGCUAUUUUGCGCGCAGUCCGCAUAUGCCAGAAUUGAAUAAGAUGUUGGACAACGAUGGCUUGCCACAUGCUGGCACCAGACUAUGGCAUGGUUGUCCUUUCUACUGUUACUUUGACGCCGACACCUCAACAUAUAAAGUGAAAAAAUUAGACGAAAAGGAAGAUUGCGUUGUGGAUAGCGUACGCUAUUGCGGCAGCUUUAAGCCAAACGCACGCCGCAUGGUAUGCAUCACGCUGCGCAUACCACGUCCACCCACAAUUGGUGACAAAUUCGCUUCACGUGCUGGUCAAAAAGGCAUUUGUUCGCAGCGUUAUCCAGCCGAAGAUUUGCCCUUCAGUGAAACGGGCCUCAUACCAGAUAUUGUCUUCAAUCCCCACGGUUUCCCCUCACGUAUGACAAUAGCUAUGAUGAUCGAAACGAUGGCAGGCAAAAGCGCCGCCUUACAUGGACUCGUACACGAUGCAACACCGUUCCGCUUCUCGGAGAAACACACCGCCAUCGAUUAUUUCGGACGUUUACUGGAGGCAGGCGGUUACAAUUACUACGGCACAGAACGUCUUUACUCCGGCGUAGAUGGACGCGAAAUGACAGCAGACAUAUUCUUUGGUGUGGUUCACUAUCAGCGACUACGUCACAUGGUGUUCGACAAGUGGCAGGUGCGUUCCACCGGUCCCGUCGAUGCCAUAACACAACAGCCCAUUAAGGGUCGCAAACGUGGCGGUGGUGUACGUUUCGGUGAGAUGGAACGUGAUGCUUUGAUAUCACAUGGCGCCGCCUUCCUGCUACAAGAUCGUCUCUUCCACAACUCCGAUAAGACGCAUACACUGGUGUGCAGCAAAUGCGGCAGUAUAUUAGCGCCACUGAAGAAGAUUAUUAAGCGCACAGAAACUGGCAAAAUGCAAUCGAUGCCAGACACUUGUCGCUUGUGCGGUGAUGGCGCCGCUGUGGGACACAUUGAAAUACCAUUCUCAUUCAAAUAUUUGGUCACCGAGUUGAGUUCGGUGAACAUAAAUGCGAGAUUUAAGUUGAUGACUAUUUAAUGUGUAAUGACUAUGUAUGAAAAUGUGUGUGUUGUAAUAAAGAAUAAAAUUUCUUAAAUUUAUAUAAUAACAUUUCUGGUGUUUUAAUAAAAUUAUCGCUUAUAGAAAUGCGAAUCAUUUUAACCUCCACAAGAGGGUUUGAGAUGGUUUGUUUGAGCAAAAAAGAAGAAACCCAAAAAAAUAACAAGUGAAAAACCGAAAAUAUUAGCAGCUGAAAUAAGUCGCUAGUUCAGUUUUAGUCAUUUAACAUCAAUCGCAAUUAGAUUAAAAUUUCUUAAAUAAAAAGACACACAUUUUUCUUUUUUUUUUUUGUAUAUUCCUGGUUUGUAUUUUUAUUAAAUUUAUAUAUGUGUUUAAAUAUACAAUAAUAUAGAAUUAUUUUAUUACGAUAAUUCAUAAACUGUUUCGAAUAUGUUUUAUUUAUAGGUGUGGAGUUUAACUUUAUUGUUUUUGUUUUCUAAGUUAGUUCAACAUUCAAUUUUGUUUUUUGCCAAAUCAUAUGCAAUUUUGCUCACCAGCAAUUGCUAUUUAUUUAUUUUUGUUGUUUUGUAAGUAAUGCAUAUUUAUUUAAUACAAAUUAGAUAUUCAAAAACUUAUCCGCUCAGUGUAUUCAUAUUUGUAAUAUAAAUACAUACAUGAAUUCUCUAUACAUACAUAUAUAAUAUUGUGGUAGGUGUUUUUAGGUGUGUUUAACUGUACAUAACAUGCUGCUGCUGCAAUUAAAUUAAAUUUUAACUUUUCAAAACUCCCAUUACACUAUGAGCUGAGUAAUUACUAGUCAUAAUGCAUUUAAAGUGUGUGUGUACUUAAAGCGUAGUCAUAUA